AUGGAUUUCAUGAUCCAGUAUCUUUUUCAUGAUCUUCUGCUACUAGAAAAUCAGCUUCCUUGGUUUGUUCUCGAGUCUCUACAUAGACUUAUCGGCAAAAAUCAAGUCCCCCUCACUAUGCUCGUGCUCAACUUCUUCAGCAGACUAUCAUCAAUGUCCCGUUAUUGCAAGGGUUAUUUCAAACACACUCAUGAUGAGGAGAUUCUACACAUACUUGAUCUGCUAAGAAGUGCUAUUGUUGUUCCAUUCCAAAAAUUUGAAUCAACUGAAUACGAUAAUGCACUGCCCCAUGCGACUGCUCUCUUGGAGGCAGGCAUUGAAUUCAGAAGAAGCUCAGUUGAUGGCAUAAUGAAUAUUGAUUUCAAAGAUGGAGUUCUCACAAUUCCACAGCUAGCAAUUGAAGAAAUGACUGAACCUUUGUUCAGGAACCUCAUAGCCUUCGAGCAAUGCCAUCAUGGUCGCGAGAAUAAAGUAACUUCUUAUGCACUUAUACUGGAUAACCUUAUUGCUUCCAGCAAGGAUGUUGUUUUUCUUUGUGACAAACAAAUAAUCCACAAUUGGUUGAGUGCUGAAGAUGUUUCCCAGUUGUUUGGUAAGCUUCAUUGUGACACAUUCACUGUUGGAUUUUGCUAUGGCGGGCUUUGCGCUGAAGUGAAUAAUUAUUACCAGGCUACAUGGAACAAGUGGCUGGCCGGAUUGAAGCGCGAUUACUUAUCUAAUCCGUGGAAAAUCACUUCUUUGGUAGUAGCCUUCAUCCUUCUGCUGGUUCUCACCCUAUUGCAGACAACAUAUACCAUUCAGCAAUACUAUCAUCCUCAUCAGUGA